AUGCUGCUACCAUCACUGCUACAGCUGUUGCUGCGUCAAGCGCCAGCGACUAGCGGCUGUUGCAGCGACGAAUUUAAUGAAUCAAUACAACAAAUGCCCACAACGGUGAUGACAACGAAGACGAUGAUGACACGACCUAAAAUGUUGAGGAGUGCAAUAUGCCAGCUGUCGAACGGUACGUCCAUUUUGCUGCUGCAUGUCGUUUAA